UCUGCCUCGGGCAAGUCCAGACGUGCCGGGUCCAGUGCCGUGCCCGGGCAAUGAACUAACUUGUGGAAACACGCCAGGCAUCCUCGCCGCUGAUUGGCUGAAGGCCCAGGGGGCGGGAGGAAUUCCCUUUUCCUUUCCCUACCUCAUCACCGGCUGGGAAAUCCCCGCAACCCCGUGUCUCCCUUUAUCGCGCAGCGGCAAGUCGCAGGCAGCUAGAGGCGUUUAGGCGGGCGAGAGGAGAGCGUCGCUCGGCACCGUCCUGCUCCUGACACGGCCCCCCAGGCAGCCUGGUCUGAUCUCCCCGCGACUGCAGACCGCCGGCGAACGACGCGAAAUGAUGCCGGGAAAGACCCUGCGCAAGGGUGCGCAGCAGAGCCCCGCUCCCGCAGCACAGGAAGCUGUGAUGCAGUGCUCUUUGCAACUACGCAAAAUAGGAGAUAUAUGCAACCUGCAGCAGAAGAUUCUUAAUGUUAUUACAAAACUGUUCUGCCCAGGAACGUGAAAAGUCUUUGGGAGAUGUCAAAAAGAAAAGGAAGGAAGAAAACAAUGGUUUUGGAAAAUAUGGUCUUUACAAGCUUGUAAUAAGUGACUUUGAGGAGAUGGAAUGAGCUCUAUGCAUUACUUACUGCUGCCUAUUCCCACUGAAGGAAGGCUGUUGAAAUAUGAUUUCUCUGGAGAGCUGGACAUACGUAUUGGCUGGUGGAUGUCAGUAUGGGAGAAAAAUUACAAUUAACCAUUCCAAAGAUUGACCUGUGGAGUGACUUGGAAGAGCAAGGAACCUGGGGUUCUGUUCUGGUUCAUGAGUUGCAGCUAGUUCUAUGUCACUUUGAGCAACAGGCAGAAGAUGCCAGUUACCUCCAAACAUUGGAUUGGAAUGUACAAUGAAAACCAGUAUCUAAGUUCUUGAUUGUUUUUGUUUUCUAAAAUGUAGACUCUAUAGUAUAAAAUCUGGUGUGGAACAUUUUUUUUAUUGUUAUUAUUUUUUGGUUGUAGCACAUUUACUGUCAGUGAUGUUACUUCUUAUGCAGAUGUUUCUCUAAGGAAUAACAUUGUAAUUCUAUUAAUUAUGAGGCUGCUGUAAGGAUCUAGGAUGUAUAUAUGUGUAUGAAAAGAGUAUUUCAUGGAACUUAAAGAGCUGAUUUAUGGCUUAUGCACCAGAAAUAGUGCAGAUAACUAUUCAAAUGGUGCCAUAAAGAAUGCAUUAAGACAGAUUAAAGGAAGCACAGUAGCUUCUGGUGAUUAAGAAAGAAUAAGAAAUAUGAAUAAGAAAAAUGCAUACAUUAAAGCAUGUAUUACAUAGCAAAAUAAGAUUAUUGAUAUGUGUGUGAGUUUGGGGGAGAUUCCUUCACAGCAUCAAAAGGAAUAUUCAAACAGAAUAAGCUACUGGUGUGAUUUAAUUUUAUUAUGAGGUAAUAAAAUUACUCUCAAAACAAAUAGAAAGUUAAAGUAAAAUGGAAUCAGUGGUUUCUCUGGAGAAAAAACAUGAAUUAUUUUUCAAAUAAAGUAACUGCUUAGAUUAAGAGAGAUGUCAAUAAAACUGAAUGUUACAAUUGUUACAGGAAAGUAAU